AUGAAAUAGAAUGACAAGGAAUAGCUAUAAGGAAAUCACUAAGAAUUCAAAAAAUUUAGUUAUUGUGCCUGUUUUUGGGAAUACUUUAAAAAUUUUAUUGGUUUUUUGUUGAAAAUGAUCAUAUAUUAUGGAAGUAUUGUUGCAGAUAUUUACUUGUGUAUACAGUAUUGGAAUCAAGGCAAGCACUUCUUUGGUGUCUUAACUGGGUUUAUGAUUAUUUGCCAUAUCUACAAAACUUAUGAAAUAUAUGUUAAUGAGCAUAGACUCUAUGGUUUAAAGGCUUUCUUUGAAUUUUUAGGAUUUGGAUAGCUACUAAGAUAUUGGUUUUAGCCAUGGUAUAUGGUUGAUGCUAUGCAGAUUUAAACAUAUUAGGGAAUAAUGGAGGCUGCUCCAAGUUUUAUGAUAAAUAUUCUAUCUAUAUUUUAUGAAAAUAAGCCAUUAGUAUGGAAUGUUAGUAAUGACACUUACUAAUAAGCUCAAGUUAUAUCUUUCUCUUUGAGCAUAGUGUGCUUAUUUUAUUCUAAUUACUGCUACUUUUAUAUAAGAUAUGAAGAUUUCAAAUAAGCAGGCUAAAAAAUGAAAGCCUUGUUUGCCGUUUUUAAUUUUGGAGAAUAUACAGCUAGAGUAUGUUCUUGGGGUCUUGCUGCAUAUUAUGGAGGUUAGAUUUUUGUUUGGACUAUAAUAGGAGUUGAUUUAUUAUUUGCAAUAAUUGCCUCUUGUUUUAAGUUAUCUGAUCAUAAAUUAGUACCUUUUUACGAUUAUGUGUUUUGCUUUCGAAUGUAUGAUUGCUACUUGUUUUAUGGUAACUAAUUUGAUAGCAGAAAUUAUGUAAAUUUAAAGGAGUUUGAAAGAUUCGGAGUUUAGCUUGCUGUUAUCAUCUUUGUCAUAUAUUAGUUAAGCACAAAUAACAACGAACCCGUUUUUUUUUAUGCUAUGCUUUAUGUCUGUGUCAUAGGGUUUAUAAUAAACUUUAUUUACAACGUAAAUAGAUUGCUUUACAAAAAAGAUGAUGAGAGUGAAAUCAUCAAAACAUAUAAAAGAAUGAUUGAGAAUUUAGAAUAAGAUAAAGUAGAGUUAAAUCUUAAAAUAAGGCAUAUUGUUCCAUAGCAGUAGAAAGAUGAAGAAAACAAGGCAACUCUUUUAAAAUUAGAUGAAGAAAAUACACAGAUGAAAGAAAAUUUAAACACUCAGAUUUAAGAACUCUAAUAGCAGAUGCAAUAAUUAGAUGAAAAAUUAAAAUAAGAAGAGAGUGCUAAAAAAGAAAUAGAAUAGCAUAAUGCUAAGCUUUUAUAAAUAAAGUUGUAAUUAGAGGAAGAUAUUAAGAGUCAAAAUAAAAAGAUAGAAGAGCUAACAAAGAGCCUAUAAAAUGAACAAAAAACAUCAGAAAACUUGAGAGGAGACAAAGCAAUAUUUUAACAGCAUUUGGCUGAGGAAAGGAAACAAAACGAUGAACUUAAAAGAAUAAAUUUCUAUUUGCAAAACGAGUAGGAAAUUCCUCCGUUUUAUGCAGAAAAUAUGCAAAAACAGCUCGAUUAAAUAAAAAAAUAAAAUAGAGAAGCAGAAGAAAGAUGGAAAUAACUAGAGUAAAUGUAUUAAAAAAGAGAAAAUGAGUUGAAAGAACAACUUUAUAAGCAAGCAAACCAUGAUAUUGAAAUUAAUAGUUAUUCUAGUGCUACACAUUCUUUCAAAAAGUAAAACGAAGCUAUAGCAUAAAAAUUAAGAGAAAAAGAAGCUUAACUUGUAGUGUGUUAAAACGAAAUAAAAGAACUGAGAGAUGAAGUGAAAAAGUUAAAAUAAAUAAACCAAAAUUUAAAUGACAAACUUCAAAUAGAAGAGAAAUUGACUAAUUAGCAAGAAAUUGAAAUGAAACUACUCAAAGAGUACAAUCCAGAAGAAUACUCCCAGAAUUAACACUAAAAUCUAAGUUUAACCUAUUUAGCAACAGGUUCUGUUACCAUAAACAAAUUUGAAGACUACAAACUUUGUCAAAGAGAUACAAACAGAAUAGUCUUUAAUAAUUUUAUAAACAUGAAUUUAAUUGAAAAAAUAAAUCAAACUGUAAAGUUUCCUUACUACUUUUAGUUCAACUUUUCUAAAAAAUCAAGUUUAUUCAACACAGGAUAAAAUUAUUAAAAUGAAUUAUUUAUAUUUAGCACUUUAGCUACAAAAAAUUACCCUCAAGCACUAAAGGUGAUGUCUAUUUUAGCAUCUAAUUGGGUGAAUGUUACAUCAGAAUCUUUCCAAAGUAUUUUUAAAAUCAUAAAAAACUGCACUUCAUUAAAGGUUUUAGAGCUUAAUCUUGAAAACUGGGAAACUACAUCUGAAGAAGUUAAAGUAAAUGGAUUUUGUUCAAUAUUUACAUAAAUAGUAGCUUGUGAGUAUUUACUAGUACUUCAUUUAAAUCUUUCAGGCCUAGGAAAUUUAAAUCAAGACAUUUGGGAUUCUUUGAGUUAGUGUUUAUCAGUUCAUAGAAGAUUAGGUGAAUUAUCCUUAGAUUUAUCUAAGAGAGGUUCAUAGCAAAAUGGUAUUCGUCCUCAGGAGUUUGAUUCUUUAUGCUCUUCGAUUUCAAAGUUGAUUCAGUUAGAGAACUUAUCUUUCAAUUUUUCAGAGUGGAGAGACAAUCAAUUAAAUGUUAAUAAUGUUAAAAACUUUGGUUAAAUGUUAAAGUAGUUACCAAGGCUAAGAUAUUUUAGGCUUAAUUUAAAAUACUAUUCAAACUACAACAUCGAAGAGAAUUUUUUUAAUGAUUUAAUUGGUGACCUAAUAAAAUAAAAAAAUAAUAAAUUAUAAAACUUUAGUUUAACUUUAGAUGGUUUCAAUGAAUAUAAGUCAGAGUUAAAUGAUGGGCUUUUAUAAAGUUUGCUCAAACUAUUUUAGGAGAGAAACAGCAAAAUAAAUCAAAUAAUAAUUUCAGCAGAUUACAUCAAAAACUGUAGUCCUAACAUCAUAUCAUUUCUCAGAAGAGAAUUAAACAUACUGUGUUAAUACUUAAGCAUAAAUUAUUAAAUAUAUUGA